AUGGUAUUCAAUAGAGAAGAAUUGCAAUCUAUUGCUGAUAUAUGCAUUCGUCAUAAUCUUGUAUGCAUUUCAGAUGAAGUCUAUGAAUGGUUGGUAUUUCCUCCCAAUAAACACAUUAAAAUUGCCUCUUUACCUGGUAUGUGGUCGCGUACUUUAACUAUUGGCAGUGCUGGUAAAACAUUCAGUGUAACUGGUUGGAAGUUAGGCUGGACAGUUGGACCGGCUAAUUUAAUUCAAGCCAUGCAGUUACAUCAACAGAAUACCGUGUAUACAUGUCCAACACCUUUACAAGAGGCUGUUGCUCGUAGUUUAGAGAUUGAAUUACCCCUGCUGCAUAAACCUGAAUCAUAUUUCAAUGAAAUGUGCUCCUUAAUUGAACCAAAAGGUCGUAAUAUGGUAAAGAAGUUAAAUGAAAUUGGAAUGAUUGCAGUCAGACCAACUGGCGGUUAUUUUCUGGUAGCGGAUGUCUCUAAGAUGAAUGUUCCCUUGAAUGAAUUAGAGCAAAAUGAAUUAUUGCCAUAUGAUGUUAAAUUCAACAAUUGGAUGAUGCAAAAGAAAGGUGUUUCUGCAAUUCCAAUGAGUGUUUUCUACUCUGAAUCCAACCAACACCUCGGUUCAAACUACUUGCGAUUUUGUUUCUUCAAGGAGGAUUCUACGCUGAAUUCAGCUUAUGAAAUUCUAAAGAAAUGGUGACCAAUGGUUAUGAAAUCAAUCGCCUGAACAGUCUUGCUCUUUCUCGUGAUUGGACACUUCUUUUUUUCCAUUUUGAUUUAUUACAUCAACAUUGCUAAUUCGGUGUGUUUCUUAUCUGCUUUUAUUUUGAUAUAAAAUGAUUUAUAACUCCAUAAAAGAAAAAAUGAUUGUUCUGUC